UGUAGAGCUGCCUCUGCAACCAUGUUUGCUACAAUUCACAUCAUGGCUAGCUCAAGGUUACCCGCGGCAGCACUUACAUUAAAACAGUUUAUACAGAGACAGAAAGUGUUGAGUCUCUACAGAAACAUGAUGAGAACCAUAAGACAAGUGCCAGACGAGGGAGACCGAAAAUACCUGAGGGAUUGGGCGAGAGAUGAGUUCAAGAGGAAUAAAAAUAGCACAAAUCAGGACGCCAUCCGAAUGAUGAUCACACAGGCAAACAUGCAUCAUGAUGAGCUACAGUCAUCCCUUGCAUUGGCUAACGUUAAGAAGUAAUGUCACCUGUCUGGGGCUGAGGUAAUCCACCGAUUUAUCCUGGAAGUGAAUGCUUAGAAGCUUUGCUAUGCUGCCUCAAAUGGACUGUGAAAGCCAUAGGAAUCAGUACUUGGACAGUACACCACUUACUGUGGAAGCACCUUGGCAUUUGGCCAGACCAGCUCGUUGCCGGUUCAUAAUGUGAUUUGGACCAUAUGAGAUCUGUCACGAGGAGUCCCAUAUCAGAUGGUUGCCAUCAACAUGUCCGUGUCUAGCAGUGGUGACGCUUUCAGCUUUCAAAUCACUUUUGAGGAAAGCUGUGAGAGGCAUGUGUGAUAUGCCAUUUGCAAUCAUGUCUGACAUGAUACCAUCGGUCUCACGUUGGGCUAUUGUAAAGCUGUUUGUGUCCAGAGGACCCUCAUGAAAUGUUAUGUACAUGUUGAACAUAAAACCAAAAUACAUUUUGUA